AUGACUCCUCCUGCUUCCUCUUCCUAUGAUUCUCUCUUUCAAAACUUGUACUUCUCAAGAAGACUGCUCCUACAUGGCCCUCUUCGCCAAACACCAAACAUGGCAACUCCACCAUCAUGUGUUAGGAGCACCCAUGAAGAACCUUACUAUCCUGGUAACAACAGCUUUGACUCCAAUGUUGUGAUGGUCCUCUCAGUCCUAUUGUGUGCCGUAAUUUGCUCUCUAGGGUUAAAUUCCAUCAUUAGGUGUGCACUAAGGUGCCCCAGUUUGGUGUCCUCGGACACGAAUGGCCAUAAUUCAUCAGCUAGGCUAGCCAACACCGGGGUGAAGAUAAAGACCUUGAAGACCUUCCCGAUCGUGAACUACUCAACGGAAUUGAAGUUGCCUGGGUUGGUCGCGGAGUGCAUAAUCUGCCUCUCCGAAUUCGCCACCAACGACCGGGUCCGGAUCCUGCCGAAGUGCCACCACAGGUUCCACGUCCAGUGCAUCGACAAGUGGCUCAACUCGCACUCCUCGUGCCCGACCUGCAGGCACUGCCUGAUCGAGACGUGCCAGAAGACCGUGGAUUGUGGUAGCGCUCGGGCGAGCACUGCAGAACCGUCACCGUCAUCUCCUACUCAGGCUAUCCAAAUUACCCUCGCGCCACUUGAGCCAGAAGGGCCAGUGCGCGGGGUUAGCUACCUAGGUGAGCUCAGAGUAGUUGAUGUAUCUUGUUAG